UAAUGUAUAUAAUAGGAAAAUAUAACAGUGUUUUGUAUAUACAGUUGUUACUACCACCACAUAGGUGAAAACUGUUGUUUCAUUUUCGAGUUGGUUUUAAUGCCAGGCAAACGUUGGAUAUUGAAUAUCUAUUGAAAACAUCGAACAUUGAAAGUAAAUAUGUUGCAAUUCACUCCUCCAGUUGUUAAAGAACUCCUGGGGUGGAAGAGAGGGGAAAUGUCAGCUCAGGAUGAAAAGUUUGCUGAGAAAGCAAUCAAAAGUUUGGUAAAAAAGCUCAAGAAAAGUGGGGGGUUGGAGGAUCUGAAGAAGGCUGUGACGAAGCAAUCAAUCGAUACAAAGUGUGUGAAGAUACCUCGGUCACUAGAUGGCAGGCUGCAGGUUUCCCACAAGAAGUCCCUCCCCCAUGUUUUAUACUGUAGGUUGUGGAGGUGGCCGGACCUGAGGAACCAUCAUGAGUUACGACCGGUGGAGAAAUGUGAAUAUGCUUUCCAACUAAAGAGAGAUGAGGUAUGCGUGAACCCGUACCAUUACACGCGUGUAGAAACACCCGCCCUUCCCCCAAUAUUGGUCCCACGGCAAACGGAACCAAUACCUGCCGAGUUCCCACCAUUGGAUGAUUGGUCUAUUGUUCCUGAGAAUGCUACUUUUGAACCAAGUAUGCAACCAUCAGGUAACUUCACGAUACCAGAGAGCCCACCACCAGGCUACAUGAGCGAGGAUAGCGAGUUCAGUGAAUCGGGUUCCAACUUAUCAAGUCCCGGCCCUCCAACUACAUUCUCAGAUGGAACAACGAGCGCUUCCCCCUCCUCAGGCAGCGAUGAUGUUCAAUCUGUUGCGUAUCAUGAACCCCCACAUUGGUGUUCCAUAUCUUACUAUGAACUUAAUCAAAGAAUAGGUGAGCCCUUCCACGCCACUCAAUCCUCGCUUACCGUCGACGGAUUCACCGAUCCUUCAAACUCGGAGAGGUUUUGUCUCGGACUUCUUUCCAACAUCAACCGAACACAGCAUGUUGAGAUAACUAGGAGACACGUGGGGAAAGGCGUUCGUUUAUAUUACAUCGCUGGUGAAGUAUUCGCUGAGUGUUUGAGUGACAGCGCGAUAUUCGUGCAGAGUCCGAACUGUAACCAGCGAUACGGAUGGCACCCAGCUACUGUUGUUAAGAUACCACCUGGAUGUCACCUUAAAAUAUUCAAUAACCAGGAAUUUGCGGCUCUUUUGUCCCAAUCAGUAAACCAGGGAUUUGAGGCAGUUUACCAACUAACUAGGAUGUGCACGAUUCGUAUGAGUUUUGUUAAAGGUUGGGGAGCUGAGUACCGAAGACAACAUGUCACUUCCACCCCAUGUUGGAUAGAAAUGCAUCUGAAUGGUCCACUGCAGUGGUUGGACAAAGUGUUGCAGCAGAUGGGAGCUCCACAUAUACCAUGUUCCAGCAUGUCUUGAUGAUGGAACUUGUACAUAAGCAUGUCUUGCACCAGGAUUGGUAAAAACUUCAUAUUUGAAUAUUUCACUUUGUAAAUAUCGUUGCACUACUUGUCAUAUAUCCAUCAUGCCAAUUAUGUUUUACCACCAGCCAAAAGUAUUAGGGUUUAAUGAGAAUGUUUAAAAGCAUAUCGUUGAAGUUUUUAUGAUAUUUUAACACAUGAUAUUAGAACACGGGUUCUUAUACUUUAACACACAACCAUUUUAACAAUGUCACAAAACCCACAUUUCGCUCAGGAAAACAUGUUUAGUCCAAACUUAUAUGACAGUUUAUCAUCUUUCCUUAUGAACCAUCCGAUGGAGAAACACCUCCAAGCAUAAGAACCUAUGUUCUACAAAAUAUGUUGUUAAUAUUAUGGCCCUGUUUCAAUGCAAACAACAAACCGUAUAUUCAUCUCAAAUUGUUCUUUAUUUUAAACAUGGUUUAGAACCUUAAUCCAUCUUUAGUGAAAUGAAGACAAUUGUGUUAUAAAUACCUACGGAAUGUUAUGUUGUAUGGAAACUGACCAGAAAUCCCAAGUUUUAUUCAUCGAUAAUUACUUCUGUCUUCUUUAACUAAAAUAUCAAGUGAAAAUUUCUUUGUAGAUUUUGUGUUUGUUCAACAACAAAUAACGCUUGAACGCCAAUCUACAAAACAUUGCCCAACUAUACACUUUACGUACGUUGUAAUGUUACUGGCGAACUUAAUUUAAAAGUUCCGAUUUUAAAUCCAAUGUUUUUAAUGCAGCAUCAACAAGUAACUAAUAUUUUAUUUUUACAUCAUUUUUAUUGUUUUUACUUGUGAGCAAAACUAAUGAAGCAAUUUGUCAAUCUGAGUACAUUUAUUCAAAUUUAUAGUACGUAUGUGGUAAAUCGUAAGUCACCCAGCCAUGAAAGUUUCAUUUAUUACAAUUGAAUUUUUAGUACAUAUGUUUCAAACUAUGUUUACUACUAUUUUGAAUUGAGCAUAAUAUUUUUCAGCGAUUUUUACAAAUGAAAUUUGACAUAAAUUUGUUAAAACCUAUGUUUUGGCCGCAAUGCGGGGACUUGAGUUUUAUUAAAUUUUAGUAAAAUUUGACUUUUACCUGAAUCCUAUGAAAUAUUUGUUUUCAUAUCAAAGGUUGAACAUCCAAGUAAUUAUGUUUGUGUUGAAUGCAACCUUUGUUUCCAUUGUUUCAUAUGGUUGACUCACAUUGUUUAUUGCACUAUUAACACUACUGUACAUAAUUUCCUAUUAACACGUCUUGCAAGUGCCUACAAUAAAUCAUCUUUUUUAUUUUAAA